AUGGAUCCUCAUGUCAUCUUUAGCCCAAUGAAAAGCUUCUGCAUGUGUUACGGCGUGAUUACGAGUCAGGACUGGAGUAAGACAGAUGACAGAUUGUUGCAGGCUGUAGAACAGAAUGAUCCAGAAAAAGUUGCCACGCUGCUGGUGAAGAAAGGUCUCUGCCCGUCCAAACUGGACUCGGAGGGCAAAUCAGCGUUCCAUCUUUGUGCGUCUCGAGGACGGUUGGACUGUCUGGAGGUCAUCCUCUCUCAUGGGGUGGACGUCAAUGUAACAGACGGCACUGGGUUUAAUGCUCUCCAUCUUGCUGCUAAGAAUGGACAGUCAGAUUGUCUAAAGAGGCUUCUUCAGGAAAGGAUGCCUGUUGACGCCACAGACAGUUUUGGGAGGACGUCCUUACACCAUGCUGCUGUAAGUGGCUGCUUGUCCUGUACUGAGAUUCUGUGGGACUUUAAAGCCAACCUUGAUGUUCAAGAUGGAGAUGGGUCAACUCCAUUGAUUCUGGGUGCCCAGAUGAGCAGAGUCGAACUUUGUGCCUUCCUUUUGGAACGAGGAGCCAAUCCAAAUAUACAGGACAACCAGGGCAGAUCAGCACUGAUGUUGGCCUGUGAGAGUGACAGCAUGGAGAAUGUAGAGGUGUUAUUGAAAGGCGGAGCUAACCCACACCUUACCGAUGCCCUGGGGCACAACUCCGCCCACUACAGCAUCACCGCCGGCAACCACAACAUUACCCAGCUUCUGCAGAGCGUAGGCGUUUCCACAGCCACUGAGGGUUCGAGUGAGGAGCAGGCUCCUCCUCCUCCCAAUCCCCCAUCUAGUGGAACCACACCCCGCAAAAGGAAAGCCCCUCCUCCUCCUAAAUCUCCUGCUCAGGGCCCGCCCCCUUCCUCAGACACCUCAAGCACGCCACCUCCCCCUGUCCCCACCCAGUCACCUGACUCACAGAGCCCCGCCCUGCCUUCUCCUGCCCCCAGGACCCAACUUGCCCCAUCUGAGAACCUUGUGGAGGAUGAGGAAGUCUUUGAAGAGAUCCGUAAGCUCAGGCUGGAGAGAGGUCGCCUGCUGCAGAAAAUCAAGGUUCUGGAGCAGCAGCAGAGCAGCGCCACCACUGCCCUGGAGGAGCUAAACUCUCUGAGAGAGCGUCUGAGCGAGGUUGAGGCAGAGCGUGACCGACUGCUGGCCGAGCUGGAGGAGUUGAGAGCAGCCCAGGUGAGCGGUGUGACCUGUGACUCUGAAGACGCGGAGGACUCAGAUGACAUGUUGGACUUCCCAGGAGCAGAGAAGUUACUAUCUAAGCAAUCGCAAGGUCUGGAUGCUGAUUCGCCGGCUGAGGGCACCUCUCAAGAGAAUCCUGCCAUGGUAGAGCAGCUUCGCAGAAAAGUAGAGGAAAUUACCUCCCAGAAUGCCGACCUGGUUCUCAAAGUGCAGAUGCUGGAAAUGUUUGAGAAGGAUGACACGGAUAUGCAGAGCUCGGGCCCAGAUUUUGUUCCCACAGCUCAGUAUGAAUCUUUAAGGAGAGAGUUUGAGGAACUACAGGAGAAAUACUCAAGAGCCCAGGCUUCAACUGAAGCCUCAAGCAUCGCAGAGGAUCAUGGAUCUGUGGAGAAAGAGGAGAAAGAUCAAAAAGCUCUGGAGGAACAGCUGGCCCAAGCCCAGGCCGAGUUAGAGGAAAUCAAAGAACAGAUGCGUCUGGGGGUCUAUUCAGUGGAGGAAGCAGGAGCGAAACAUGAAGGGGGCUCCGAGUCCCCUGAGAAAGGGGCAAAUCUGGAGAACCAGCAGGAGCUGGAGGUGGAGCUAGCUAGCAAAAAGACAGAUGGGGAGGGGCUUAGUGAAGGUGACAAUGACACCAUACAACAGCUGAAACAGAGGGUGACGGAACUUGAGGCAGCUCUGCAGGAUAGAGAGAAAGGGAAAGAGGGAGAGGAGGAGAACGAGACAGUUGUGAGUCUUAAAGAACGGGUGGAAGAGCUGGAAAAAGCCCUGGAGCAAAGCAAGACGGCAGGGCACGAGGAGGGCGAGGGAGCGCCGGUGAACGGGUUGCAGGCACAGGUGGAAGAACUUGAGCGGGCGUUGAAGGAGAGUGUCCCUCGAGGUCAGUUUGAGCAGGUUCAGGUCACUUUGGGUCUUCAGCUUAACCAACUAGCUCAAGAACGAGCCGAAGUGGCUACCCGACUCAACCAGGCCUUACUGGAACUGGAAAGGCUCCGCCCUCCAUCCCACAUUGGUGAAGAUGAAGACGACGAGGACCCUUCCGAGAGCUCUGAGGUUUCCAUUGCAUCUGCCCAGCAGUUAGCGCAAACAGAAAAAGAGCUGCAAGCAGAGCGGGCACUGCGUGAGCAAGCUCAAACUGAGCUCGCCAGACUGGAAUCCGAGCUGCAGGCUGUGCAAAAAGACUCAGUUAGCAAGGAAGAACAUGAUAAAGUCAAGCACUCAUCUGUAAGAAUUGAUUCACUGAAGUAA